ACCUCUUUUGCCGCUAAAACCAAAUACCUUUUAGUUUUCAGCUGUGAGGUUGAGUUGAUGCUAGCAACGGAAAGGUAAAUUUGAAUAAUUAACACGUGAGUAAUUAUAAACUGUGGGUUUUGCAUGUUGCCUUCAUCGGACCAGCUGUACACGGAUGUCGGUUGUCACCAUCGUUUGUUGUGAGAGGGAGGAAACCGUCUACUUACUUUUGUUGCUGACCUAAAAACUAAUAAGGUUCAUAAUUGGCGUGGCAAAGCCGAGCAGCUGAAAAUGGGAAUAUCUGGACUGUUGCAGUUCAUCAAAGAUGCAGCAGAGCCUAUCAACGUGAAAAAAUACAAAGGCCAGACAGUGGCUGUGGACACUUACUGCUGGCUGCACAAAGGAGCUUUUUCCUGUGCUGAGAAGCUCGCUAAAGGGGAGCCAACUGACCAGUAUGUGUGGUACUGCAUGAAGUUUGUGGACAUGCUUUUGAACUUCAGUGUCAAACCAGUUCUGGUGUUUGAUGGACGCAAUCUGCCCUCCAAACAAGAGGUGGAAACGGCUCGCAGAGAACGCAGAGAAGCAAAUCUUCAAAAAGGCCGACGGCUGCUGCGCGAAGGCAAACUGUCUGAGGCCAGAGACUGUUUCACCCGCUGCGUCAACAUCACUCCGGCCAUGGCGCACAACCUCAUCAAGGCUGCCAGGUCGAGGGGGGUGGACUGUGUGGUUGCUCCGUAUGAAGCUGAUGCUCAGUUGGCGUACCUCACCAGAUCUGGUUUGGCUCAGGCGGUCAUCACAGAGGACUCGGACCUGCUGGCAUAUGGCUGUAAAACGGUUAUUCUCAAGAUGGACAAGCAGGGCAACGGCCUGGAGAUAGACCAGAGUAAUCUGGGCCGCUGCCGCUCCCUGGGAAACGUCUUUACCGAGGAGAAGUUCCGCUACAUGUGCAUCCUUGCUGGCUGUGAUUAUCUGGCCUCCCUUCAUGGCAUCGGCCUUGGAAAGGCCUGCAAGCUGCUCCGGCUGGCCAAAGACCCCGACAUCCUCAAGGUGAUCAGAAAGAUGGGUCAGUACCUGAAAAUGAAUCUGGUUGUCCCUGAGCAGUACCUUGAGGGGUUUGUCAAAGCCAAUAACACCUUCCUGUACCAGCUGGUGUUUGACCCCAUCCGGAGGAAGAUUGUACCCCUCAACCCGUACCCAGAGCACGUGGACCCGGCCGCUCUCGGCUACGCUGGGAUAAAUCUAGGAGAUGACAAAGGCUUGGAGAUGGCCUUGGGGAACCUGGACAUCCAUACCAUGGAGAAGAUAGACGACUUUAAUCCAGACAAAGUCAAUCCACAGCUGCGUAAACCCCGCAGUCAAAGCUGGAAGAACGCACCGGCCUGCACCGGGACCAGUAUCUGGACCAGGGGCUUCAAACAAGCUGCUGCUGGCCCUCCACAGCCUGCUGCUUCUCCAGACCGGCCUCCAUCCACCAGGGGGAAGGAGAGAGUCGUCGGCCUGAACGGCCUCAGGCUUCCCUGCAGAGAGCUUCAAGUGAAGCGGCCGAGAGAUGACUCCUGCGUAUCUGAUGAGGACGUGCUGCAGCAGUACUCCAGAUCCAGCCCGAAGCGAUCCAAAUCAGAACAGCAGCCAGACGAGCCGCCGUUAGCCGGCCAGCUACCGAGACGCAAUCGUUUUGCCACGUUGCUGCAGAGGAGGAACCAGGAGCCAGAGGAGGACGGCCAGGUCACCUGCAGCAGGUUCUUCAGCAGUUCCAGUUCAGCAGCUAGUCUAAAAACGAAGUCCACUCAGGAAACAGAUUCUACAUCUGUGUACGCCCCCCAGGAUAAAACCCCACCCAGCACCCAGACCCAGGACAGCGAUGGCCCUGACGUCCCAUCUGUGGACACCCCCAGCUCACCAUCACCUAACCAAACGUCUCCCACUUCAGCCAGUCAGGGCCUCCGGCUGUUCCAGUGGUCCGGCUGCUCCUCCUCAACAGAAUCAAGAACACCAGCAUCCUCCUCGGGCCUGGCCGCCCUGCAGCAGUUUCACUACGAGAAGGAAAGUUUUUCUUCCUCUCAGAAGACUCGGGGACUGUUUGGAAACUCGUCUUCCUCACCUUCAUCCUUCAUCAACAGACAAUCAGAGGACAAGCACGACCUUCCCGACUCUCCCCCCUCCCAGGACAGUGCUUACUUCUCUCAGUCCCAGCCUCACCUCAAAGGGGAAACCCCCACCUCCAGCUCCCCCUCCUCCCCCUUUCAGGAGGAUGCAGCAUCGGAAAUCAACUCAAGUAAUGAUUUAGAGGCAGAAUUGAACACUUCCACCCACUCAGCAGACACAGAGAGGAAACCUGGCACGAAGAGGUCAAAGGUCUCAGGACUGUCCAAGCUGAAGUCCAGCAGUCGGGUGGCAAAGCCGCAAACGUUGGGCCCAGCCAGAGUCAGCGGACUGAGGAAGAAAUCGGUCGCUUCUGGGAGGAAAUGCUCCACCUCCAACAACGAGAACAACCCUGGUGUCCAGGCAACCAUCAGCAGCCUCUGGAAGAACUUCAGCUUCAAGAAGGACACCCAGAAGAUGAGUCCCUGUAAGAAAGAGCCCAUGUCUCCAGUCAAGGACAACGUCCUGACCUGCUGACGUCAUCCACCAUGAACCCGAUCUCCGUCUCUGAGUUUUCAUCUGGCUGUAUUUGUGUAUAGUUUUAAAUAAAACUUUGGUAAUCCAA